CUUAUCAGCUGCCACAUUUCCGACGGCACUUGAAGGCAUCACGUCUCCGUACCACAACGAGCAGCAGCAGCAGGAGCAAGAGAAGCAGCAGUCGCAGCUCUCUCUCCCUCUGUAACCUAAACAAUGACUCCUGCUACAGAGCGGAGGAAAACACACCAAUAGAAUGCGAUAACCAUCACCUAAACGCUGCUUUUAAAUGAACCGACCGUAAACAUGUGGAUACCUACUGAACAUGAAAAAUACGGCGUUGUGCUGGCCAGUUUCCGAGGGACCGUCCAACAUGGCCUCCCACUGGAAAUUGGAGACACAGUGCAGAUCUUGGAGAAAUGUGAAGGCUGGUACAGAGGUUUCAUCCUGAAGAAUCCUAACAUGAAGGGGAUCUUCCCUUCUAGCUUCAUCCACCUGAAAAAUGCCCAUGUCAAGAAUAAAGGGCAAUUUGAGACCGUCACCCCUGUGGAAGACUCGGUCAUCACAGAGAUGACACUGACGUUGCGAGACUGGGGUGCCAUGUGGAAACAGCUCUAUGUGAAGAACGAGGGGGAUUUGUUUCACCGGCUUUGGCAUGUGAUGAAUGAAAUCCUGGACCUGAGGAGGCAGGUGCUGGUGGGCCACCUUACCCACGACCGCAUGAGGGAUGUUAAGCAGCACAUCACAGCGCGGUUGGACUGGGGCAAUGAACAACUCGGCUUGGACCUGGUCCCCAGGCGGGAGUUCAGCAUGGUGGACCCAGACGAAAUCAGCGUCACUGAGCUUUACAGACUGAUGGAACAUCGGCAUCGUAAGAAAGAGACGCCUGCGCCUGCGAGCACCCAUCACUUGUUUGUCCAUGUGAAGAGCCUGAUGAGCGCCAAUUUGGGGGAGGAGCUUGAAGUUUACUUCCACAUUUACGACGCACGAGAGAAUCGGCCACUCAGUGAAAGAUUCUUCGUCAGGCUGAAUAAGAGCGGUUUGCCCAAGUCGCCAGAGAAGACAGAAAGACAAUGCACGCUGUUUGUGGAUUUGGGAAGCAGUGACCUGCGAAAAGACGUCUACAUCGUUGUGCACCUCGUAAGAAUAGGGAGGAUGGCAGCAGGGGAGAAGAAGAAUCUGUGCAGUGUACAGUACAGACGGCCGUUCGGGUGUGCCGUCGUCAGCAUCGCUGAUCUCCUCACUGCUGACUCUAAGGAUGACCACCUGCUCAAGGUUUAUGCGUGUAACACAGAGAGUGAGUGGUACCAGAUUCAUGAAAACAUCAUCAAAAAGGCCAACUCCAGGUACAACCUGUCUGGCUCCAACACAGGUCUGGCAGUAGCUCUGCAGCUUCUCCACGGGGACAUAGAGCAGCUGAGACGGGAGUACAUGGUCCUCUUCACCCGCGGCGUGUCCAUCACCAGGAAACUGGGCUUCUCUGACGUCAUCAUGCCAGGUGAGAUGAGGAACGACCUCUACGUCACGCUGGAGAAAGGAGAGUUUGAGAAGGGUGGAAAGAGUGUCGCCAAGAAUGUAGAGAUCACUGUUUACGUGCUGGAUAUGGAUGGACAGAUCCUCAAGAGUCACGUGGCUGCUGGCUCAGGUGAACCCGGUGGGGACGAGUACCACUCCUUAGUGCUGUACCACAACAACAGCCCCCGCUGGUCGGAGCAGAUCAAGCUUCCCAUCCCAGUCGACAUGUUCAGGGGGUCACAUGUCCGCUUUGAGUUCCGACACUGUUCCACUAAAGACAAGGGGGAGAAGAAACUGUUUGGCUACUCCUUUGUUCCUCUGAUGCAGGAAGAUGGUAGGACUCUGCCAGAUGGGACCCAUGAGCUCAUUAUACAUAAGUGUGAGGAAAACACCAGCUUGGCAGAUUGUUCACGCUACCUGAAGUUGCCAUUCUCCAAAGCCAACGUCCCAUCCAACAACCAAACACUGAAAGGCGCCAAGGAGUCUUUCUGGAUCACCAGCUUCCUCUGCUCGACCAAGCUGACACAGAAUGGUGAUAUGCUGGACCUGUUAAAGUGGAGGGCUCACCCCGAAAGGAUCAACGACAGCCUCUCGAAGUUGAAGGAGAUUGAUGGCUCGGAGAUUGUCAAAUUUCUGCAGGACACUCUGGACACUCUCUUUGGUAUUCUGGACGAAAGUUCUCAGAGAUAUGGACUGAAGGUUUUUGAUUCACUGGUCCAUAUCAUCAACCUUCUCCAGGACAGUAAAUUCCAGCACUUCAAACCCGUCAUGGACACCUACAUAGAAAGCCACUUUGCUGGAGCUUUGUCCUACAGGGACCUGAUCAAAGUCCUGAAAUGGUACGUGGACCGCAUUGUUGACGCAGAGCAUCAGGAUCACAUCCAGCAGGUGCUCAAGGCCAGCGAGUACAUCUUCAAGUACAUCAUCCAGUCCCGUCGGCUCUUCUCGUUGGCCACAGGAGGCCAGAACGAGGACGAGUUCCGAGUCUGCAUCCACGAGCUCUUCAUGUCCAUCCGCUUCUUCCUGUCACAGGAAAACAAAGGCACCAGUCCCGUCGCACAAACACAGGCCGUGUUCCUGCGGACGUUUCCUGCAGUCUACAGCGAGCUGCUGAAAAUCUUCACGGUGCGAGAGGUGGCCGGCUUCGUCAGGGAGAUGCUGGGCAGCCUGCCGACCACUGUCCACGCCGAGUGCCCCCUGGAGGCCAUCAAGCUGCAGUGCAUUGGCAAAACAGUGGAAAGCCAGCUUUACACUAACCCAGAAUCACGGUGCAUCCUGUUGCCAGUAGUUCUCCGUGUCCUGCAGGCCCACAUGCAGGAGCAGAGAGACCUGGUCAUGUGUGCCCGCAUUCUCACCAGCAUGUUGUCCCUCAUCAAGAAGGAGGAAAAUGGCACAGCGGAGCCUGUGGUUUCUGAAGAGGUGGAGCUCAUUGUGGAGAGCCUGCUGGGAGUUCUACUAAGGACCAUCCUGGAAAUUAGCAACCGGCCCCAGUCUACUGGGCCUGCUAUGAGACUUCAGUUCCAGGACGUCACUGGAGAGUUUGUGGCUUGUCUGUUGGCACUUCUGCGACAGAUGAGUGACAGACACUACCAACAGCUUCUGCAGGCAUUCAGCAGCAAAGACGACCUGAGGGACUUUCUUCUUCAGAUCUUCACGGUCUUCAGGAUCCUCAUCCGACCAGAAAUGUUUCCCAAAGACUGGACUGUGAUGCGGUUGGUCACCAACAAUGUCAUCAUCACGACGGUCCUCUACCUCUCUGAUGCCCUGAGGAAAAACUUCCUCAAUGACAAGUUUGACUACAAGGUGUGGGACUCGUAUUUCUAUCUGUCUGUAAUAUUUAUCAAUCAGCCCUGUCUUCAGCUGGAGUCCUUUUCUCCUUCCAAGAGGAAAAAGAUACUGGAAAAGUAUGGCGACAUGAGGGUGAUGAUGGGCUGCGAGAUCUUCAGCAUGUGGCAGAAUUUAGGGGAACACAAGCUGAACUUCAUCCCGGCGAUGAUCGGUCCCUUCCUGGAGGUGACGCUGGUGCCGCAGCCGGACCUGAGGAACGUCAUGAUCCCCAUCUUCCAUGACAUGAUGGACUGGGAGCAGAGACGCAGUGGCAAUUUCAAACAGGUGGAAGCCAAGUUGAUUGACAAACUGGACAGCCUGAUGUCUGACGGCAAAGGAGACGAGACGUACAGGGAGCUCUUCAACAGCAUAAUUCCCCUGUUUGGUCCGUACCCUAGCCUGCUGAAGAAGAUUGAGCGAGAGACCUGGAGGGAGAGCGGGAUCUCUCUGAUCGCUACCGUCACCCGCUUGAUGGAGAGAUUGCUCGACUAUAGGGAUUGUAUGAAGCUGGGAGAAGUGGACGGCAAAAAGAUUGGAUGUACUGUCAGUUUACUGAACUUCUACAAAACCGAGCUAAACAAAGAGGAGAUGUACAUCCGCUACAUUCACAAACUGUACGACCUGCACCUAAAAGCACAAAACUACACAGAGGCGUCGUACACUCUGCUGCUGUAUGACGAGUUGCUGGAGUGGUCAGACAGGCCACUCAGAGAGUUCCUCAACUACCCCAUGCAGAGCGAGUGGCAGAGAAAAGAGUAUCUGCACCACACUAUCGUCCAGAACUUUGACAGGGGGAAGUGUUGGGAGAAUGGCAUCAUCCUGUGCAGAGAGCUGGCUGACCAGUAUGAGUCUUACUACGAUUACAGGAACUUGAGCAAGAUGAGGAUGACGGAAGCCUCUCUCUACGACAAGAUCAUGGACCAACAAAGACUGGAGCCGGAAUUCUUCAGAGUCGGUUUCUAUGGGAAAAAGUUUCCUUUCUUCCUAAGGAAUAAGGAGUUUGUGUGCCGUGGCCAUGACUAUGAGAGGUUGGAGGCUUUCCAGCAGCGGAUGCUCAACGAGUUCCCUCACGCCAUCGCCAUGCAGCACGUCAACCUGCCGGACCAGACCAUAUACCAGGCAGACGCACAGUACCUGCAGAUCUAUGCCGUAACUCCAAUCCCGGAGAGUCAAGAUGUGCUGCAGAGAGACGGAGUGCCUGACAACAUCAAAAGCUUCUACAAGUUCAAUCACAUCUGGAGGUUCAGAUAUGACCGGCCCUUCCACAAGGGCACCAAAGACAAGGAGAACGAGUUCAAGAGCCUGUGGGUGGAGAGAACAACGCUGACUCUGGUCCAGAGUCUUCCAGGCAUCUCCCGCUGGUUUGAGGUGGAGAAGAGAGAGGUGGUAGAGGUGAGCCCUCUGGAGAACGCCAUCGAGGUGAUCGAGAACAAGAAUUUACAGUUGCGCACAUUGAUCACCCAGUGUCAGAACCGGCAGAUGCAGAACAUCAACCCGCUCACCAUGUGCCUCAAUGGGGUCAUUGAUGCCGCUGUCAACGGGGGACUGGCCCGCUACCAAGAGGCCUUUUUCGCGAAGGACUACAUUAUGAAUCACCCUGAGGACGGAGAGAAGAUCGGGCGUCUGAGGGAACUCAUGUUUGAGCAGGCACAUAUCCUGGAGUGUGGCCUUGUUGUGCAUGAAAAGUUUGUUCCCCAGGACAUGAGACCUCUUCAUAAGAAACUAGUGGACCAGUUUCAUUUGAUGAAAUCCAGUCUGGGCAUUCAGGAGUUUCCUUCUUACGUGCGCGCAAGCCCGGUGCACUUCACCAACGGAAGCCCGCGACCGUGCAGGAACUCUGUGCCCAACAUCAUCAGCCCAGAUGGAGGCAGAGGGGUUGCUAGGCGGAGUCCCCUCAGCUACCCUGCAGUGAACCGCUACUCCUCGUCCUCGCUGUCGUCUCAAGCCUCCAAUGAAGUCAGCAACAUCACAGGACAAUCGGAGAGCUCAGAUGAAGUCUUCAACAUGCAGCCCAGUCCGUCUACCUCGAGCCUCAGCUCCAACCACUCUGCCUCGCCCAACGUCACCAGCUCUGCCCCCUCCAGUGCCAGAGGUUCACCCCAAAUGGCGGAGAAACACAAACAUUCCAGAGAAAACACCUGUUUGUCUCCGAGAGAGAGGCCCGUGAGCGCUAUUUUUCCCAACCCCCUGGACCCUGCACAGAGAGCUCCAUCUCAUCAGAUAGGUGAUACCACUUUACCGAGGAGUGACCCUAACCUUUCUGCGCCAGAUAAAGUGAGACCCACCCCCAGUAGCUGGAGCCUAGACAGUGUCAAAGAGAGCCCCACAUCCUUCUCUGACUCUGUCGGCAAAUUUCUAGGCCCUCCUGUACCUCCUAGGCCACCGUACUCAGCAGGCUCCUCAGCUAAAAACAUGAGGUCACAGUCGCCUGUCUCCACGUCCAGAUCGCCACAAAAGACCACGGUGCCACCUUACACCCCUUCCCCCACCGAGUGCCACCCUGCCAGCCUGGUCUCCAGCUCACCCGUCCUCUCUGGCAGCUACAGCAGUGGCAUCUCCUCCCUCAGUCGGUGCAGUGUAUCAGAGGCUUCGGGCACCGAGCUGCCUGCAGGUGACCACCCGUCCCACCCCCUGCCUCCACCCACCACCUUGCCAAACUCCAUCUCCAGCAGCUCCGACGAGCCGAUCCGCAGAGAGAACAAGACGCCGCCUCCCUACAGUGUGUACGAGAGGAACAACCCCCGCAGACCUGUGCCACUGCCCCACAGUCUCUCCAUUCCCCCACAGACGGACCCCCCAGCCCUGCCACCCAAGCCUCACCAGCUCCGCACAGGCAGCAUGAAAUUGGAGGGAACCUCUGACCCUCGGGUCCCAAGACCAAGGCCUCUGCCCAGGAAGGUGUCUCAGCUAUAGGUGCUGGUUAAGGGUCCAGGUCUGGGGGUUGCAGGAGGAGGUGAAAGAAACACACUGGCGUAAUUUGCACUUUUCUACUGGCCACUCACUUGUUUUUUGUGAUUUUCAGUUUGGCAUUCCUGACCUACACUCCAAUAAAAGACACAGGCCUCUACAUUAACAGGCAGUCAACAAAAGAAAACUGAUGAAAUUGUUAGAUAAAAUCUUUUUUGUAUUAACUAGAGGGCAUUGCAUUGACUUUGACUCAGUCAUUCCGCACUUUUAGCUCUCGUACAUACACAGUAGGGCGCCACGGUCAGUCGCAACAUAUGUUUACCAGAACACGGUUUUGAUAGAUGUAAUAAUCUCAAAUAUAUGUAUAUUGGUAUAUAUGAAAAUUGUUUUUGCCUUAAGUAUUGGAAAUAGAGUCUUUUAUCCGUGAGUCUUGCACGUUUUCUUUUCUUUUUUAAAACUCAGUACAUUUGUAUACGAUAUGGCUAUAAAAGGUGCUAGAGGCCUUGAGUACACAUUUCAGUGGAGUGUAGUAGACAUGGGUGUGUUCUCAUAGUUACAGUCACACAAUCAAUGGUACACAAAAGAGACAGAAAUGUGUUCUGAUUUAAUUAAUCUUCUAUUGUGCCAGGAACAUUAAGCCUUUUUUUUUUUUGUCAGCACAGCAUUGACCGCAAUUUUAAGACUUCUUUUAAUUCCACAUUGAAAUGUUUGAUGGUACAUUUCCACCACUGCAGAACUGUAAAGUAACCCUCUUCAUUUUAAUAAUUGGCUCCAUUAUAGAAUAAAGUCAUGAUACUGGACCAAAAAUACAAGUGCAAUUGCAUGCUGAGAAGCUGGAAUUUACCAUUGGUCAUUGUGAUUCAUGUGAACACACCCUAAUCCUCCUGCAUGAUGUAAAUGACAACAGAUCUUUAGGGGUGGUUACCAAGUAUUGUGCCAAAGGAACUUGUACAACGUGCUGUAAUCCAACUCUUUUUUUUAAUUAUAUAACUGGGACCUGAAAAUCAUGAAGUUUGGAAAUGCACAGCUCAAAAGAGACAGUUUGAAGAAAGCAUUUCAUAUUAAACAUUUACCCACUUGUCCUAAUUAAACUGUAAUCUACUGAUCACAUUAUAAUUCUAGAUAAGCACAACUAAUAUUUUAUCAUCUGUACUGUUACUGAGAAGCCUUUGACAAAGCAGUUAUUGGAUCAGCGUUUCACUGUCAGCGGUGACCUUAAAACACAUGACGACUGACUCUAUUGGAGAAAUAUUUACAAAUUAAUCAUUGUCAAAUAUUUGUACAGUUGAGACUUUACUUUGUUCGAUUAAAAAAUGGACGUGAGUUGACUGCACUAUUAUUGCUCGGUUCAAUUACAUUGCAUUGUUGCAGGGAAAUGAGUUGGUCUUUGGCAGGCAGAUUUCAGAAAUGUUGGUAUAAAAUAUUCAUCAAGCUUUUUGUGGCAGGGGCGGGGUGGAGGGUAGCUUUAGUAUUGUUUGUACGUUUCUUGAGGAACUGUAAAUUAUAUGAUGAGAUUAAUGUACGUAUGCCAAAUAUAAAAAUUUGUGUAUUACAAUUAAUGUAAAUAUUGUGUUUUUAACAAAAUGUAGCUAUAACAAUUUACAGCUUUGAAUGUAAUGUUGAAGCAGCAAAUGAUUAUUAUAAAUGUUGAAAGUUUUAUGGUUUUUUGUGAGUGUAGAAAAAAAACUUAAGAUCAUGCGUCAUGGCACCUAACACAUUUACAUGUUCAAUAAACUGAUUAAUAGACAUA